AUGGCGCCGAGUGCAGCACCCGCCUCCAAAGAGGAGCGUAUUGCCAUCGUCAAUUCGGACAAAUGUAAACCUGCAAAGUGUCGUCAGGAAUGCAAGCGCUCCUGCCCCGUAGUACGCAUGGGACGUCAGUGCAUUGAAGUGGCUCCUUCAAGCAAAAUUGCCUUUAUCAGUGAAACGCUUUGCAUUGGCUGUGGUAUUUGUGUGAAGAAGUGCCCUUUCGAAGCUAUUAAUAUCAUUAAACUGCCUACAAACUUGGAAAAUGAAACCACUCACCGAUACAGUGCUAAUAGCUUCAAGCUGCAUCGUCUUCCAACGCCUCGUGCCGGUCAAGUCUUGGGUCUUGUCGGUACCAACGGUAUUGGUAAAAGUACAGCUUUGAAGAUUCUUGCUGGUAAGCAGAAGCCCAACCUCGGUCGCUACGAUGAUCCACCGGACUGGCAAGAAAUUCUUAGGUAUUUCCGUGGCUCCGAGCUUCAGAACUUCUUCACAAAGGUACUCGAGGACAACAUUAAAGCCUUGAUCAAGCCCCAGUACGUGGACAAUCUUCCCCGGGCGCUCAAGUCACGCGCCACUGUCAACCAACUUCUUGAAGGUAAGCUGCAGCGUGACAACAAAGAUGAGGUGAUUGCCGCAUGCGAUCUGCAAAACAUUUUAGACCGCGAUGUGCACAACUUGUCUGGUGGUGAACUGCAGCGUUUCGCUAUCGCUAUGAGCUGCGUGCAAAAGGCAAACAUGUAUAUGUUUGAUGAGCCAUCUUCUUACUUGGAUGUGAAACAGCGUUUGAAUGCUGCUCGCACCAUUCGCACGCUUCUUGAUACGGACUCGUAUGUCAUUGCUGUCGAGCACGAUUUGUCUGUUUUGGAUUACUUGAGUGACUUUAUUUGUUGCUUGUAUGGUGUGCCAAGUGUGUACGGUGUGGUGACGAUGCCAAGUCCCGUACGCGACGGUAUCAACAUUUUCCUUGACGGGUAUAUUCCUGCUGAAAAUAUGCGAUUCCGACAGGAAUCUAUUUCUUUCAAGAUCGCUGAAACAGCCGAUGAGAUUGAAUUAGAGAGGUCUUCGAACUUCACAUACCCGAAUAUGACUAAGAAGCUGGGUUCCUUCGAGCUGUCGAUUGAUAGUGGCAGCUUUACCAAUUCGGAAAUCAUUGUGUUCUUGGGUGAAAAUGGUACCGGCAAGACUACCUUCGUCAAGAUGUUGGCAGGUAAGCUCGAGCCAGACACUGGUGCCGACAGGCUGCCUCAGCUUAACGUCUCGUUGAAGCCACAAACGAUUACCCCCAAGUUCCAGGGCACUGUGCGCAUGUUACUUCUGAAAGUGAUCAAAGCCGCGUUCAUGCAUCCACAAUUCCAGACCGAUGUGGUGAAGCCUAUGAACUUAGACAACAUCAUUGAUCAAGAUGUUCAGACACUUUCCGGUGGUGAGCUUCAACGUGUCGCACUUGUAUUGGCCCUUGGCAAGCCUGCCGACAUUUACUUGAUUGACGAGCCGAGUGCCUACUUGGACUCAGAACAGCGUAUCCAGGCAUCCAGGGUCAUUAAGCGUUUCAUUCUGCACUCGAAGAAGACAGCCAUGAUUAUUGAGCACGAUAUUAUUAUGGCCACGUACCUUGCUGACCGGGUGAUUGUGUACGAAGGUCAACCAUCGAUCAAGGCACACGCUCGGUCGCCCGAGUCGUUGCUGACCGGUAUGAACUCGUUCCUUUCUAUGCUCGAUGUAAGCAUGCGACGUGACCCGACUAAUUUGCGUCCACGCGUUAACAAGCACAACAGUAUUAAAGACAAGGAGCAGAAGGCGAACGGACAAUACUUCUUCCUCGAAGAUUAA